CCUCUUCUACGUACAUCUUUCUCGGAAGUUCAGAUAUUCUUUAUUACUUCAACAAAGUUACCAGGUCGAGGCUUUCUUAUGCCUCUUCUCAUAUCUUUCCCUAGGACUGAAUCACCUCUUUUCCUUACUUCUCCCAGCCCAUUAUGCCAGUCGUUGAACGUGACCUGACCUACUUUGUCCUCCCACCCUCACACUCGUCUCUUACACCGGGAUCCGAACUUGACUCGUUUGUUCUCAUCUCUGGACCCAAAACUCGCUUCCCAGGCUUUGAAUGGAAGCUCGAGUUUCCGUUCCCAAAUGCAUACCGGAUUCUGUUGACUGGUCCGGACCGCCCACGUCCACCGCACGACAAUGUCAAUGCCCCCGCAAAGUUUUGCAGCUUCAAACUUCUAUCUCUUGACAAGGAAAAUUGCCAUGCCGUCUUCGCCUUCCUUUCUCCGCCAUCUGGGACCAAGCUCCAGCUCAUGCUAUCCUGGAGUUACCAAAUCUUCUCCGAAGUAUGGGAAGUAGGAGAAAGCGAGGGUGAUGACCGCCUCAUACUCUCCGACUUGUCUGCGAGAUCAUAUGCGUUGACUGAACACGGAGUGAUACGGCACUGGAAAUUCGAUCGGACACGCCUUCACCUGGGUCUUGGGGAGAAAGCGGCGCCCAUCGACUUGACGGGCCGCAGUUUUACCCUUCAUGCGACGGAUGCAGCAUAUUACGAUGCUUACCGCACAGAUCCACUCUACAAGCACACCCCUUUCCUGAUCUCUACCCCACGACUGAAUGAAGAUGGCCAACAGGAUCUCACUUAUGCUUUAUUCCAUGCAACAAACAGCAUCGCAACCUGGGAUGUGGGGGCCGAGAUUGAUUAUCCCAGUGGAGGCUUGAGCAAACGAUUUGUUCAGGACUGGGGAGGACUGGAAGAGUGGGUUAUGGUUGGAAAGGGGGUUGAGGGGGUGGUGAAAACAUUUGCAGAGAUGACCGGCAAGCCUAGAUUGGUAGGACGAGACUGGUUCGGAUACCUAGGAUCAACUAUGCUAUUAUCAGACAAGGAAAAUGCCCAAGAGCUGCUCGAAGAGUGGCCCAAGAUGUGCCGCAAGCACGAUAUUCCCUGUUCUGCCAUGCACUUGUCUUCUGGGUACACCGCGGACGAGGACAGCAAUAAUCGCUGGGUAUUUCACAUGAACAAGAGGCGAUACCCAGAUUUCAAGCAGAUGACUAAAGUUCUCCACGAGGCCGGAAUGAAGCUUGUCCCCAAUGUUAAGCCCUAUAUGCUGCUCUCUCAUCCAGCCUACAAACGGCUCAAAGAAAGCGACGGUCUUUUUUACGACCCCAUUUUCAAGGGGCCUUCUCAGCAGAACCUUUGGUCUUCAGGCGAGGGUGUGAGCGGUGAUGGCAGUUGGGUGGAUCUUACCGCUUCUGCAGCGAGAAAAUGGUGGUCCCAGGGUGUGCAGAGCUUGAUUGACCUAGGUGUUGAUGGCAUGUGGGAUGACAAUUCGGAGUACUUCACCCGAGACGACGAGCUAUUGUUCGCCAAUGAAUUUGACCACAACCGCGAGGUCAUGCUUGAAGGUAAGGUGAAGACGGGUCUAAUGGGUAGAAUUACGGCGAAUGAGAUGAUGAAUAAAGUUAGCCACGAGACACUACAAGCUGCAAAUCCUGAACGACGCACCUUCAUCCUGACCCGUUCUGGAAAUCCUGCUGCAUUCAAGUACGCCUGUUCGACCUGGUCAGGCGAUAAUCUAACAAGCUGGCACAAUAUGCGGGGCUCGCAGCACAUCCAGCUCAACUCAGCCAUGUCGCUCAUGCAGAACACGGGGGCUGAUGUUGGCGGGUUUGGCGGCGAUACCCCUACGCCAGAAUUGUUUACCCGCUGGGUUCAGCUCGGGGUCACGCAUUCUAGGUUUUGCAUUCACUCUGGAUCGUAUGAUACACACGGGAACGAGAAGCUCAGUACGCCGUGGAUGUACCCCGAGAUGCUACCUAUCAUUAGGGAGCACAUCAAGUGGCGAUAUCUCGUUCUCCCUUUCUUAAACAACCUCAUGUGGCAAUCUCACCUCCACGCAGUCCCACCAAACGCACCCCUAUUCUACGGUCCAUUCUCCACCGAUCCGGUACUCUACACCGACCGGAUCCUCGAGGGAUUCGACGCAUGGAUGGGUGUUGGACAGAUUCUCACCGCGCCCCAGCUAUUUGAGGGAGGUCUGACUCGUGAUGUAUAUUUCCCGAAAGCGUCUCUUGAUGAUAAGAGUCUGUAUUUUGAUCUGCACGCACCAUUUGGCAAACACAGGGCUGGUGAGUGGACGACUGUUGCCACGCCGAUCGAGCACGGUGGCAUGCUUGCGAGAGAAGGGGCUAUGAUCCCCAUUGGGAAAGACAAGGCAACCGUUACAGCGGUCUCGGGUCCAGCGAGGACGCAUAGCGAUGGUGUUGACUUGAUUUUUGAGAGCGACGGAGGGCAGGUCGAUUUGGACGAUUGGAGAGGGUUGAUGCUCUUCCCUGGGCGUAAAGGCAAGUUGUAUACCGGUGAGUGGAUUGAAGACGAUGGGAUAUCCGCCAUACCGGGGACUUGCACGUUCAGUGUUUCGUACUGCGGUACAGAAGACUCGGUGGAGGUCAAUGUUAGCGUGGAAGAGAAUCGGUUCAAGCCACUGUGGGAGGGCAAACUCCAUAUUGUUCUUCCAUUUGGAGAUAAUCGAGUGGUACCGAAGGCCAAGCAAACGACGUGGAAAGGAAGAGAUGUUUGGGCGCUCGACUUACCUCACGUAUAAAAGCUCGGCUCUUUCAUAGCAAUGUGGAAUAGCCUCUUCCCGUGGACGUCUCCAUGAAGGAUGACCUGUCUACCAAUUUCGUAGUCUUGAAAUGUGAAUGUACAUCUUUG